GCAAUGGCACCUUGAAGAAAAAGAAACACAAGAGUUUUUUGGUUAGUGAUUGGGGAAUUGAAUUUUGGCAAGGUUUUGUGUCUGGGUUGAAUAUCUUGGAUACAAGUGGAGAUUGUUCUUCAAUAGAGCAGAUUGCAUGGAUUGUAUCCACAGCUGCCGACGUUAUCUCAGAAAAUGAGAAGGUGUAGACAUUGAUGGCCCCUCGUUCUUAUAUCUUGUACCAUCUCAAGAAAGAGCGGCUCAGUUUAAAAGCUUCUGAGCCAGAGUUUGUCAUUUCCACCCCUGAGAGAUUUUUGGAGCUUGUCUCAUUAGAGGCUAUUGAUAUGUCUAGACUAUCCUUACUGGUUAUUGAUAGACUAGAAUGUUGUAGUAGAGAUGGAUUUUUAAAUGAGAUGAAAGCUAUGAAACAAUCUAUUCCUGGCGAGUCUCAGGCAAUAAUUUUCAAUGGUAGCUUGGGAUCCUUGUCCUCUUCGGCACUGCGAAAUCUGUUGGGUGAUCAUAAAGCCAUUUGUAGGUUGUCUGCAAAUGUUUCUAUAGCUAGUCAAAGUGCUGGCAUCUCUCAGAAUGUAGACACAUGUACAUCGGAAGAAAAAUUAUCAAAGAGUAUACAAAUUUUGAAUAAAGAAUACGGUAUGCGUUCACAGUCCAAGUUUCUCAAGGUGCUGUUUGUAGGAAAAAAUGUCAAAUCACAGUUGUUUGCCGAUAAUUUAAUGGCGCAAGGUUACUCAAUCUCAAAAAAUUCAUUCUCUGAUGGUACUCAAGACUUGAAUAGCGAAAAGAAGGCAAUUGUGUGUGUGACUGAUUUAGAUGAAGUUGGGAGAAUGACAAAUAUGGGUGAGUUUGAAGUUGUUAUAAUGAUAAAUUUGCCUCCAUCUAUCAACAACUAUGUCAGUAUCCUUACAAGAAUGGCCUAG